AUGUCACGGAUACCGCCGCCCUCGCACAAGAAGCGUAAGCUGGACGAAGGCGUCCGAGGGAAGACCAACCGCCACAAAACCGCGAAGAGACAGCGCAUCGAGGACUACCAUUCAUCCUCAGAUGAAUCCGAGGCAGAAACACGAUUUGCGCCGGUCAAUCUUGCGGAUUCAGAUGAUGAAGCGCCGGUAAACAGAACGCCGAUCGGAGAGUCACCAGUGAAGACCAAAGUACCAAAGAGCAAGCCGGCCAAGCCUGUACGGGACGAAGCUGACUCGACCGGUGCGUCUUCAGCCGACGAUAGCACAACUGAUGGUGAAGGAUCAGACGAUGACGAGGAGCACACAUCAAAGCCGAAGCAUAAGCGCAAUGACCCAGAUGCAUUCGCAACAUCAAUAUCAAAGAUCCUGUCAACAAAAUUACCACAAUCAGUCCGGCAAGACCCAGUGCUGUCAAGAAGCAAAUCGGCGGCGGAAACAAGCACAUCAAUAGCCAACGAGCGUCUCGAAAGGAAGGCGAAAGCGAAAAUGCGUGCAGAGAAAAUAGCAGAGCUCGAACGUGGACGUGUGAAAGAUGUGCUCGGCAUCGAGUCUGGCCGGACGGGUGAAGUUGCCGAGGAAGAGAAGCGAUUGAAGAAGAUUGCCCAGCGAGGCGUGGUUGCACUCUUCAAUGCUUUCAGAGCUGCCCAGACCAGAGGAGAGCAGACUGCAAAGGAUGAGCAGAAGAAGGGCACAGUGGGCAUCUCCAAUCGCGAGGAGAAGGUGAAGGAGAUGAGCAAGCAGGGGUUCUUGGACCUCAUUAAUGGCCAGAAGAAGAGAACAGCCGGCUGA